UAAGUCAUGUAUUGAUCAUUCUGAUUUAUGAACAUCGUGAAGGUGAUUAUUCUUCGCAAUUGUUGAAUUUCCUGAACUUAUCUAUUCAAAGAAAUUGUGCAAUUGUAUUAUUAUUAUUAAUAAUUGAUAUAAUGUUUAUGAUACGACGCAAUAAUAAUGACAAUCUCUUGACUGUGACGUCAUCCUUGAGUUACACAAGCGUCAUCGGUCAAUCUACUGGAUAAAAUUAGCAAACACAGCAAGCAUUUUAGAGCAGAAAGUCAAUUAGUGCGUGUGUUGGUGUAGAAUAAUUUUUUAAAGUCACACAAUUGUCAAACGGUUCUCUCUUUGAAGUUUGAUAAUCUGACAGUAAAAUAUCAGCUGUGUGUUUUCAUUUUAAACGGUAUCAUAUUCUUUUCUUUGUUUUGUGUAUAUGUCUUCGGCUUACACCAACGAGAAGUGUGGCAGUACUUGAGAAAAUAGAACUAUGUGAACAUCGUUCAAAUUUCUUUCUACUUUCGAUAUUUACUUCCUUCUUGAACAAUUCAAUAUAAAAGGAAGGAAAAUUAAUUUACAAUGGCAAUGCAACAAUUUUGUUUACGAUGGAAUAAUCAUCAACCAAAUUUUAUCUCAGUAUUUUCGUCAUUAUUAACGAAUGAGACUUUGGUUGAUGUUACUCUAGCUGCUGAAGGUAGGCACCUUCAGGCACACAAAGUGGUGCUUUCAGCUUGUAGUACAUAUUUCCAAUCAUUGUUUACGGUUAAUCCAUGUCAACAUCCUAUUGUGAUUCUUAAAGACGUGAAAUUCUCAGAUCUGAAAAUUAUGGUAGAUUUUAUGUACUAUGGAGAAGUCAAUGUAUCUGAGGAUCAGUUGCCAUCAGUUAUCAAGACUGCAGAAAGUUUAAAAAUAAAAGGACUAGCCGAAAUGCAUUCGGCAUCUUUAACCAAAUGGCCGAGUGGAAGCAGCGAACCCAGCGGGGGAGAUAGAGGAGAGUCAUGUUCUCCCAGUCCGUCUCCACUAUCUCCCUCAUUUCGAAGAAAAAGAAUGAGAAAAACCUCUACUGGUUCAACAUCUGGAUCUGGAGAUAAACCAGAAGAUGGAAAUGAAAUUACACUUGUAGCGACAAAUAUAGUAAAACCUGAACCGAUUAUUAUGGCUCAGGAUAGCGGUGAUAAUUCAAGACGUCCACUAAAUACAAGUACUGAGUCACAAGGAAGUAUUGAUGAGGAUCAAAUAUCAAUUAUGAGUAAUAUGGAAAGUAGUACAGCAACAACACCCGCCCAAAGUGAAGGUUCAAUGCAGGAUAUAAGUCAACAAUCUGGAGCAAACAUAGGUCAAAGUUCACUUUCUUCACAAGCUCCACCACAUCAAGGAUUGCAAUGGACAAUCAUGGAGCAUACGUAUCCACGUUUCGCUCUAUCCUCGUGUCAAACGAAUCUGUCGAUCCAAGCAUCAUCAGCAUUCACGACGCCUGAAAUAACGGCGUCUGCGAGCAUCAGCGAUCAGUAUCCUGGUACCAGCACCACUGGUUCUAGUUGUGCAUUGACCAACUAUUCAAAUUCAACGCAUGGAUCACUUCAAUAUGCAUCAGCAAGUGGCACCUCACCAUCAGCACAAUGUUCAAACAGUUGUCAAAGUCCUUGUGCCAGUCCUCAAGCAACAGUUAAGAGAAAAAGAUCAACAAACCCACAGGCUGAUGAAAAUUUUAUUAGAGCCCUUGAUGCGGUACGUUACGGUGGUAUAGGAUUCUGCAAAGCUGCAAGAAUGUUCGGUGUAAACAACAGAACCCUUUGGUUAGAAUAUAAAAAACGUGGUUACCCAAACAAUCGACCGAGUGUUAAGUCAAGAGCGAAACAAGAGUCUAAUUCAUCACCACCACCAGCACCAACUACGCAACCUGUAGAUCCACAAAGUCCAACAUCCAUGGGUCCACCCACGACUCCUCAUAGUUCACACGAUACUCACACUAUUCUUACUUCUCAUAGUCCUCAUUCGAUGCUCAAUAGCUAUGUAGAUAGUAGGCAUUUAGAUUAUACUCUAACAAAUGCAACUAUGCCUAUGAAUUUACAUGGAGUUAAUUACAACGCUAUUGUACUCGUGAAAGAGUGUAAAAUAGCCCAUCAUAGCAAACCAGUGGAAACAAAACGAACUCGACUGUUACUGAUGAGACAAACCCGAGUAGUGAGGAAAGAGACUGAACCAGGACAUCCAUCUCCAGACAGUGAUCCAGGUUCACCACGAAUUGUAUCGACAGGGGCGGCAUCACAUCCUGUUACUCCAAUAUUAAAUCUUCCUUCAACAUCACAACAUUGGCAAGACAAUGAGCCUGCAGCUACUUCCAAACAAACGUUAUUAACUGUGACGACUUGUACAAAUUUGUUAACUGUACCACAACCAUCUUAUUUGGUUAAACAACAUUCACAUCCUCUUCUACCAAGUCAACAACAAAGCUCUUCUGGUAAUUAUUGGAUGCAAAGACAACACUCGAAUCCAGAGUAUCCCGGACGAUCUUCCAGUCCUUCUACAUCUGGGGAUCCUAUUCCCUUGAUAAAAGUGGAAGAAGGUCAAGUAGAGUCAAGAGUGAUUAAAGAUAGUGGAAGCAAUUCUAAUAAUAGUGGACUUAGAAUUAUUCCGGCUGAAUUAUUAAGAAGCUCAUCAACACCGCAGCUUGCAUCUGGAAGUAGUACUGAACUAAGACCGAUUCGAGAAAUAAGAGACAUAAGAGAAGGUCGAGAUAUAAGGGAAGGGAGAGAAGGAAGUGACCAACGUUUAGGUCAUUGUCCUGUCCAACGACCAGGACCAGCGCUAGGUUGUAAUCACUGUUGGAAUACGGUAGACACUCAUGGACGUACUUUACGACGAAAGACAAAAUAUCAUUGUCCUGAAUGUCAAAUUAAUUUGUGUAUUGUUCCGUGUUUCCAAGAGUUCCAUGAACGACAACGAGACAGUUUGACAAUGAAAUCAUUACCAAAAACUAGUUCAAUCUUAUUUCAUUUAUUCCCUGUUCAAAUGCCUUUUAAGUGUAAAUUUCAAGAAGGCGAAAAAGUACUUUGUUUCCAUGGACCUCUAAUUUAUGAAGCAAAAUGUUUGAAGGCACAAAUUUCUAAGGAAAAACAAAUAAAGUAUUUAAUCCAUUAUGCAGGCUGGAAUAAAAAUUGGGAUGAAUGGGUUCCAGAAAGUCGUGUAUUAAAAUAUAAUGAAGCCAAUGUUCAGAAACAAAAAGAAGUUCAGCGUGCUCAUGCAGCUCAACAGUCAUCACAAAAAGGGAAAAAAGGAACAUCGGUAGUCAAAGCACAAGGACGUAAGAGCGAAAGUGGUAAAGACAAAGAUUCAGAAAGUCGAGCUAGUACACCUGUUCCUAAUAGUGACAAAACUACUGGUCGUGGAAACAAAACUAGUAGUGGCUCUGCUACACCAUCAUCACAUGAUUCGUCAUCUGAAGCUCCAAGAAAGAAACGCAGUCGUGUAGAUCCGUCUGUAGAAACUGAAGAACAAUUUUUAACAAAAGUAGAAGUGAAGGUGAAAAUUCCUGAUGAAUUAAAACCAUGGCUAGUUGACGAUUGGGAUGCAAUUACUAGACAAAGAAAAUUAGUUACACUACCGGCGAGGCAUACAAUUGACCAAAUUUUAGAUGAUUAUGUUAAAUUCAAGACGUCGAGCAAAACUAAUACUCCAAAUAAAGAAAGUGCAGUUUUAGAAGUGACAAAAGGCCUACGAGAGUAUUUUAAUGUUAUGUUAGGAACACAGUUGUUAUAUAGAUGGGAACGUCAACAAUACAGUGAAAUAAUGGCAGAAAAACCAAACACUCCACCAAGUCAAAUAUAUGGAGCCAUUCAUUUGCUUCGGUUAUUUGUGAAAUUGGGCUGUAUGUUAUCGUAUACUCCUUUGGAUGAAAGAAGUAUCCAAUUAUUACUUGCUCACAUCCAUGAUUUUUUACGAUAUCUUCAUAAAAAUAGUAGUGACUUAUUCAGCCUUCAAGAUUACGGAGCAGCAACUCCUGAAUAUCACAGAAAGUGUGGAUAAUGAGAGGUAAAUUAAUUGCAUAAAUAAUUCAAAUUAUCAAUUAAUUACGUUGUAUAUCUUUGAUAACGGUGUUGAUGAUUCUCAAUAUAUCAUUGCCGAUAAAAAUGAUCGAUUAUAGCUGUAUUUUGACCUCUAAUCUCAAUUGACUUCACUUUUCAAUUUUUUUAUUAUUAAUGAAAGUGGUAUAUUGAUAUUUGACUGUUUUAUUGAACCGAAUGCUUUAUCAUUUAACUUUAUAUAAAGAUAAAGAUAAAAUUGGUAGGUUUUUCAAAUUAUAAAAUUUGGAAAUUUAAUUGACAUUAAUCGAUUGUAAUCAAAAAAACAUGUAUUUAAAUUGACUGAUAAUCGUA